AUGUCCACCGAGACUCCUCAAGGUCUCUGGCAAUUCCCCAUUACUAAAUUCUGCAUGAUAUGCACGGUGAGUGUACCGAUAGUUGCAUCUUUAUCUGAUUCCAAGUACUGGUUUGUACUGAACUAUGACCCCUUCAUUACUACCUACAGACAAUAUUUUAGGUAUAUCCUAUUCCAACUAGCAGCGGUUAAUGAGUCUGACGUGGCCAUUAUUACGCUUUUGUGGUAUAACUUCAGACAACUUGAAAGGCUAAUGGGCUGCCGGAAAUAUUUGAGUAUAAUAGCCUUAAGCUGGUUUUACACAACAACUAUACUGGCAAUAAGUAAUAAAUUGAUCAACUUAAACCCUCUUUUUACUUGGAACAGAUUUCCUACAGGUGCUCUCCCAAUUCUACUGGCGCUGUUCCAUUUUUACAAAGAGUAUACUCCGCAGAUAUAUGAGUUUGAGGUUUUACUUACACAGCCAUUUGGAUCGCAUUCCAAGCAACUUAGAUGGAAAUUAAACGACCAGUUUGUUAUUAAUGCUCUGAUUAUUUUAUUAUGCCUAAACCAAGGGUUAACAGGAAUAUCAAGCGGCUUCUUAAGCUGGCUAUGUGGGGUAUUCAUCGACAAAGGGCUGUUUCCAGGGUCCGAGAAGUUCAGACUACCCUUUUUGAACGACAGGAUGAACAGAAGUGCCACAACAAUAGCUAACUCCAAUGUAACGACUAACAAUUCUGAAGGCGAACCUCCUCAAGGUGAGCUCAAUGAAGAAGAAAUUGAAGAGCCAGGCGAUGAGCCAGCCAGACCCCUCGGUGUACAAUUUCUGGAUACGUUUAGAAGGUAA